GGGCGUUCUCAGUUCGUUCGUAUCAGAGACGACUGCCUCUGUGGUCUUCUCCAGAAACACUGCGCGUGGAAGGGAGGUCCCUCCAGCGACCGGCUGGGUGGAGAACGCGUUGUUCCCUCCAAGGGCCUGGCAGCCGCGAUGCGGUUCCAUUCGCUUCUUCCUAAAAGGAGGCACUGCUUGCCACUGCCCCGCGGCGCAGCUGGGACGGGAGGGCAGGCUUGGAGCUGGCGCAUCCCUCAGACCAGGCACCGCCCUGACCACAGGCUCUGAGGGGCGUGGGAGAUGCUGCAGGAGCCACCGGGAGGACAGGUGCCCGGCCCCACGCGCUGGGGUGGCAGGCAGGGGCAGGCCGGGGCCGCAGCCACCUCCUUGUGGGCGCUGGAGGAGGCAGGUGUCCGGAGGAGGUCAGCCGAGGUGGCUCUGGAGGGUGGGUCACCUGCCAGGACUCGGGAAGGACAUUUAGGCGGAAGGAGCCCACGGACGGAACGUGGGGUGGAGACACGCUGGUGCGUUGGGGAAACGGUGAGCCGUGCGUUCGGCUGGGCACCGGGGCCGAGGCAGGGAUGGGCUCAGACCCGCAGAGCUCGCUCACUUCUCCCGGGAGCGUGUUCUCGGCACAGCACCUCCCCUGUCCCGUGUGGAAUGAACCGUGGACAGAACAGAUGUGGACGGGUGGACGGAGUGAGUGUAAAGGGCCUGUGUGAGGACAGUCAACGCAUAACAUGAAAUAAGAUGGAAAGAACAAGGGCUCAGGCGUGUUUGUGCCUAGGACUGGGCUUGCUGAACCGACACGGAGCCAGCUAACUGACCGAGGACACGGCUCUCUCUGCAGACGCGGGACCAUGUGGGCCUGGGCGCUGUGGGCGCUCCCUCUGCUCUGCCCAGGCGGCCUGGCAGCUCUGCCAGCCAAGCCCGAGAACAUUUCUUGCAUCUUCUACUACAGGAAGAAUUUUACCUGCACCUGGAGCCCAGAGAAAGAGGCCAGUCACACGUGGUACAGGGUCAGGAGGACUCACUCUGAUGGAAAGAAAAAUGACACUUGUGAAUCUACAAGCGAGACCCCCGCUUCGUGCUCCUUCCUAACUUCAAUCACAAUCCCAGACAAUUACACUAUCCAAGUGGAGGCUCGGAAUGCGGACGGGACCGUGGAGUCUGCCGUGACACACUGGCGCUUAGAUACCAUAGUAAAAAUGGAGCCACCUGUGAUUUCCAGUGUGAAACCAAUUUUGGGCGUCAAACGGAUGCUUCAGAUACAAUGGACCAAACCUACGCUGGCCCCCGCCUCUUCCGCGUUGCAAUGCAGGCUUCGGUUCAGAACAGCGAACAGCACCCACUGGAUGGAAGUCAGCUUCUCGGUCAAAGAAGAGACCAAGGAAAACCAACCCUACAACCUCACAGGGCUGCAGGCCUUCACGGAGUACGAGGUGAAGCUGCGCUGUGUAGCCCAGGAGUCCGCCUUCUGGAGCGGCUGGAGCCCCGUGCACAGCGGGACCACCGAGGAGGAAGCUCCCCUGGGCCUGGACCUGUGGAGGGUGCUGGGACCCACCCGGGCGGAUGGGAGCCGCCCCGUGAGGCUGCUGUGGAAGAAGGCCAGAGGAGCCCCGGCCCUGGAGAGAGUGCUCGGCUACCACGUCUGGUACUUUCCGGAAAACACCACCAACCUCACGGAGACCGUGACCACCACCCGCCAGCCGCUGGAGCUGACGCUGGGCGCCCAGGCCUACCGGGUGUCGGUGGUGGCCUAUAACUCGCUGGGCCAGGGUCCGGCCGCCGCCCUGCGCAUCCCGGCCGCCGCCGAGGAGGCGUUCCGGGGCGUCGAGGCCGUGCAGGCCCACCUCUCGCAGGACCGGCUGGUGGUGGCGUGGCAGAACUCCACUCCGCACGUGGACUCAUGGAGGCUGGAGUGGUCCCCCGAUCUGGACUCCGAGCCCCCCACCGUGCGCUGGGAGGCGGUGACCGGGGCCAGGAACUGGACGAUCCGGAGAGAUGAAUUAGACCCUCUCCAGUGCUAUAACAUCUCCGUGUAUCCAAUGUGGCAAGACCGUGUGGGCAAGCCGUGCUCUGUCCAGGCCUACGCCAAGGAAGGCGCCCCGUCAGCAGGUCCCGUGACCAAGGCGGAGGGCAUCGGCGUGAACACUGUCACCAUCCGGUGGGAAGAGAUCCCCAAACAUCUGAGAAACGGCUUCAUCCGCAACUACACCGUCUUCUACCAGCCCGCGGGCGGCGGGGAGUUUGCCAAGACGGUCGGCGCCAGCACCCUGCAGUGUGGCCUGGAGUCCUUGACGCGCAGGACCUCUUACUACGUCUGGGUCAUGGCCAGCACCAGCGCCGGGGGGUUCAACGGCACCACGAUCAACUUCAAGACGCUGUCAAUCAGUGAGUUGAAGCGCCUGUGUUGGCCGGACGUCCCCAACCCUGCGGAGAGCAGCCUGGCCGCGUGGCGAGGCGGGGACCUCAAGGAUAAGCUGCACCUGAGGGAGGUCGAUGAUGCCGGGAGCACAGAGGACAGGAUUCUCAAGCCCUGGGCUGCCCCCAGCGACCUCAUUGACAAGUUGGCGGUGAACUUUGACAAUUUCCUGGAAGAGGAUUCCGCAGAGGAGGCAGAAAAGGGCCAGGAAAACAUCCUGGGAGGGGACAAGAACGAGUACGUGAUCUCCCCUUUCAGGCCUUACUGUCUCCUGGAGCCGCUCACUGCAGCCGAGGCCCCGCCCACUGCAGCCGAGGCCCCACCCACUGCUGCCAAGGCCCCACCCACUGCUGCCGAGGCUCUGCCCACUGCUGCCGAGGCCCCACCCACUGCAGCUGAGGCCCCGCCCACUGCAGCCAAGGCCCCUCCCACUGCAGCCGAGGCCCCGCCCACUGCAGCCGAGGCCCCUCCCACAGCAUCCAAGGCUUCUCCCACUGCAGCCAAGGUCCCGCCCAUGGCAGCUGAAGUCCCUCCCACUGUGGCUGAGGUCCCGCCCAUGGCAGCCAAGGCUCCUCCCACUUCAUCCCAGGCUCCGCUCACUGCAGUCGAGGCUCUGCCCACUGCUGCCGAGGCCCCACCCACUGCAGCUGAGGCCCCUCCCACUUCACCUGGGGGCCCGCCUACUUCAGCUGAAGUCCCUCCCACUGUGACUGGGGUCCCGCCCAUGGCAGCCAAGGCUCCUCCCACUUCACCCAAGGCUCCGCCCACUGUGGCCGAGGUUCCGCCCAGAGAGCCCCAGUGCCUGCGCUCUGGCAGCUGGGAGGGCGCCUGCCCAGAAGCUGAGGAGCGACUUCUCCCUUCUGCCCAGCGCCCAGGGCCCGCCAGCCCCUGCGAGGAGGGGGCGCUCAACCCGUACCUGAAGAACUCGGUGACCACCAGGGAGUUUCUCGUGUCCGAGGAACGUCCAGACCGAACCAAGAGAGUCAUCUAGAGGCCGCACCCGGCGACCCUCUGCGCCAGGCGACCUGCAGGGCGGCGUCCCAGCUGCAUCUUCACAUCCAUCUGCUCAGUCUCGCCUGCCGACCCCCAGAGGGAGAAGGGGUGCGGAAGCCCAGCACUUGGUCCAGGAAAAGCCCUGUCGUUCCUUUUGCUCCGAUAAGAAGCUCCUGCGGAGGCCGGGACAG